UCCCGGUCUGCGUGGACAUCAUGUGGCAGCACCAGCACGAUGACAGACACGCCGCGCGCGCGCGGGACCCUAUAUAAGCUCGGCAGCUGUCAGGUGGAGGACACUGGCUGCUCUGCACCGGGCCACGGCGGGUUUUAGCAGAUUACCGCGCGGCACUCCUCCUCCUCCUCCUCCCUGUCACCAUGUCUCACUCGUGGGGAUACGCACCGACUAACGGACCCGACAAGUGGGGGGACAGCUUCCCCAUCGCAAACGGCGCGCGCCAGUCUCCCAUUGACAUCCAGCCGGCCGCAGCAUCCUACGACGCGGGUCUGAAGCCGCUGUGCCUGCAGUACGACGCGUCCACCUGCCUGGAGAUCCUCAACAACGGACAUUCCAUCCAAGUGACCUUCCUAGACGACAGCGACAAAUCCACUCUGACAAACGGGCCGAUCUCAGGGGUCUACAGGCUUAAGCAGUUCCAUUUCCACUGGGGGGGUGCUGAUGACAGGGGCUCUGAGCACACCGUGGAUGGGACCAAGUAUGCUUCUGAGCUUCAUUUGGUGCACUGGAACACCAAAUAUCCGAGCUUUGGCGAGGCUGCCAGUAAACCCGACGGGCUCGCCGUUGUGGGAGUUUUCCUGAAGAUUGGUGAUGCAAAUCCUAACCUGCAGAAGCUUCUGGACGCAUUUGACGGCAUCAAAACCAAAGGCACGCAGACUUCGUUCGCCGACUUCGAUCCUGCCACGCUGCUCCCCGGCAGUCUGGACUACUGGACGUACGAUGGCUCUCUGACCACGCCCCCUCUGCUGGAGAGCGUUACCUGGAUCGUUUGCAAAGAGCCAAUCAGCGUCAGCUCUGACCAGAUGGCGAAAUUCCGCAGCCUGCUCUUCUCCGCGCAGGGGGAGGCCGAAUGCUGCAUGGUGGAUAACUACCGUCCUCCCCAACCGCUCAAGGGUCGCCUUGUCCGAGCCUCCUUCAAGUAGAAACACCCCCGCCAGUCCCCUUUCUGCCCCGUUGCCCCUCCCCUCCCCCCUUUCAAAUACCUCUUGCAGGGAAUCUCAAAGCACACGCAGGAAAAUAUAAAAGUUGCUCUUACCCAGCAUGCACUUGCACUACAGCGGCGGGGCGAGUCGUCACUCAUUUUCAGAACCCUCUAUGGUUGCUGCAACUCAUUAACCAACAUUGUCUGACUAGUGGUUUGGAGGCCAGCAAACAGGAAGUAGCAGCUUGUUGCAGAGUACGUAGGGAGGAUAAGACCAUAUCUCCAUCUGUGAGAGGAGUGAGGUGCCAAUGGUGGUCAUAGAAUACAUAGGACACCCCCCACACUGCCAGUCUGUAAUCUGCAUCCGAGCAGCUUAAUGAAACUGCCUCCAUCGCGGGCAAUCGACUCCAAAAAUCCCCCUCUGGCACACAUGCAGACCCCCCCCCCGCGGUCACUGACCUGCUUAUUGAUCCAAACUGUACGGUCGGGGGCGCCAUGGCAGUGACUCACACAUCUGCUCCUGUGUUUGGCCUUCAAAAUCUCCACAUGCUCGUCAUACCAACGUGGUUUUUUGAGCUGAUUGAUCGUGCAGUUUAAAGGACUCCUGCUACCAAACCCCCCCUCACCAAAAACACUCCUCCGGCAGCAGAGGCGGUGACCUUUUCCUUCCAAAAUUAGCAGAAGUGUGUAAAAAAUAUGAUUGCUAAAGCUUCAGUCGUCGUCUGGGCGUCCACGUGUAGCAGCCAAUGCACAAAGCCAUCAGAGAAAUUACCCAACCGCAGAUGCCAAGAAAAAAAACAAAACCUGCCAAUAGACAAGAUUAUAGAGUCGACACAGUGCCAGAACUUUAAAGGAGAAUGAAUUACCAACAUUUCCCAAACUCUCACAGAACUUCAUUGUAGAGAGUUUCUCACAAGCUUGUAAUUCAUGUUCAACAGGAAACAAAGCCUUUAGUCACUUAACUUUAGGGCUACUUCAUGUUUGUGUCAAGUUUUUUUUUUUUUGUUUGGAAGUGGGCAUUUACUAGUAAAAUAAAUAUAUUUUAUGACUAAA